GCCGGCGGGCGUGCGGCGGGCGAGAUGGGCUCGGGAUUAUCGUGAGGUCGUGAAGUGUGAAGGUGAUGGUUGGGGGUCGCAAAUUCAAGUCGGGUGACCCGUGGACGGCGGGUGGCCGCUAGCGCACGAGCACGAGCAAGACAGCCAGCCAGCUCGGGCUACGGGCCAAGAUGGUCGAUAGAAGCUGCCCGGGGACGCGCCCAUGGAAAAACCAACCCUCGCGGCGAAGGCUGCCCGCCCGCGGCUGCAACGGCGACGGUGGUUUCCGGUGUGCACUGCACGCCGCCGCAGCGAGCGCUCGUCUCGCGCGGCGCACCAGCUGUUGCGCUGCUGCUGCUGUUGUUGUUGUCGCUGCUGGCCGACGGCGCCAGAGGGCGAAAGUGACGCGCUCCGACGCGCUCGACACACGGCGCUAGGCCCAAGACGGGGGGCGUGCUGGCCCGUGCGUGGCGGCCGCAGGUGAGGCCCUCUUUUGUCGCGGCCCCUGCAUACAUGCAGGCAGUGUUUUUCUGCCACUGCAACCACCACCACCACCACCACCUGUCACCACUUUUCCCUCCACUCGCCCGCUGCCAGCGCGCUGCCAACACACUGCGAGCCGCUGCCUCGCCCGCCGGCAACCCGCUGUUUCCCCGCUGCCAAUCUCGCCGCCUCCUGGCUGCUGCCUCGACUGCUCCACCUCUGCUGCCGUGUCGAGGGGCAACACCAACCACCCGCCGCCAGAAACAUGCCAGCAACGCAGCGCACGCAUGCACUGGCAAGCUGGAGUAGCCCAAUUCGCUGCCCGCCCGGAGCCCGUGCUCCACUGUGGGGCGUCGCCGCCGGCACACUGCAACUCUGCAAAUCUGCAAAUGCUCCAUGACUCGUCCAU